AUGGUAACCCCAGCCGACGCAAUUCCAUCGUGGUGGAAUUCUAAGAAUGCCUACCAUCUGCUUCCAGUAACGACCGAACGAGACCCUGCCACGGCGAGCGUUGCGUCUCGCAUUGGUGCCCCUCAGCUCAUCAUAUUAUGCACAUGGACAGAUGCAGCACCCAAGAAUAUUCAGAAGUAUAUUUCAGGAUACCAGCUCUUGUAUCCCUCUUCUCCGAUUCUACUCAUCAGGACAUCUUCAGCGGACUUCUUUACUCCCGAGAAAAUCUUGAUGCAAAAGGCUGGGGUGCCAUCUCGCAUUAUUUCCCAGGCACUCAAAGACACGGACAAUCAAACACAACCGACUGGAGGACUCCUUGCGCAUGCACUCUCAAACGGAGGAAGCUCGCACCUCGCGAUUCUGGCCCGGCGAUACCACGAGGACACUUGCCUGCCUCUGCCCGUGGAUGCCAUUAUACUGGAUAGUACGCCGACAAAGCCAACCUUUACCUCGCUCAUGGCCAGCUUGAGCAUGCCGCUCCCAAGAUUGGUCUUGGUGCGCCAAACGAUGAAGGCAGCCAUUGCCAUGGCAGUAUUUCUAGUCUAUCUCGUUCCCCGAUGGCUUGGGAUGAUAAUACUGGCGGACAGAACAUACCAUGAUCUGUACUCCAGUGAGAUCGAGUCGGAUGAUGCUCGAGAAAUGGCCCGGCUUAAAAAAGGUGCCAUAAGAACUUACAUCUACAGUGACACCGAUGUCCUAUGUCGUGCCAAGGAUAUUGAGUCACAUUUCAGGACGGCUCAGAGUCAUGGGCUACGAGUCAGAAGUGAACCUUGGCAAGGCAGUGGGCAUGUCGCACACAUGAAAAUGGAUCCUGAACGGUAUUGGAGAGUCGUGAGGGAGACCUGGAACGACAACAACUGA